CUUACUCGAUUUCCCCACCCGGUUUUCCGCUUUCGGUUCUCUUUGUGCUGUCCGUUUGGACCCUCUUUGGUGAGAGGGUCUGUUGCUUUGGUUCUUCAGUCUUCUAUCAUUUCCAAAAUUUGUUGCGGUUUUUUCUUUGGUCUCUGUCAUAGAUUCGUCUUACUCAUCUGUGUUUGCUCUCACUCUUUAUCCGGGCACCUUUGAAUCUGAAUUUGUUUUUUCCGUGUUUCAGAACUGGUUUUGAAUUUUGGGUGUUUUGGUGGGGGUGUGUUUCUCUGGUUCUUCAUUCUUUCAAAGACUUGGUUUCAUUUUUUUCUUUGGCCUCUGUAAUCUAUCCAUCAUACCCAUCUGGGUUUGACCUCACACUUCAUCCGGUUUUAUAGUUUGUGGGGAUUCGUUGUCUGUCAAUGGGCGCUUUGGAUGAGGGGCAUUUUAAUGGAAGCCUUGAGAAUGGAGUGAAGCUAGAGUCUCUUAAGCUGGAUCUAGAGCACGAAUCGGAGACUGCCGUCAUGGAGGACGCCGUCAAGGUUCUGUUGCAGGGUUUGGGAGAGGAUUCUAAUAGAGAAGGUCUCAAGAAGACUCCACUUCGUGUUGCCAAAGCCCUUCGAGAGGGAACAAGAGGUUACAGGCAGAAGGUAAAGGAUAUCGUGCAAGGUGCUUUGUUCCCUGAAGCUGGCUUGUAUAAUGGAGUUGGGCAUGCAGGAGGAGCAGGUGGACUUGUAGUUGUUCGAGAUCUUGACCUCUUUUCCUACUGUGAAUCAUGCUUGCUACCAUUUCAGGUUAAGUGUCAUGUUGGUUAUGUUCCAUCUGGGCAACGGGUGGUAGGCCUAAGCAAGCUCUCCAGGGUGGCUGAUGUCUUUGCCAAGAGACUUCAAGACCCACAGAGACUGGCAAAUGAAGUAUGUUUGGCUUUACACAAUGCAAUCAAGCCAGCAGGUGUUGCAGUUCUACUUCAGUGUUGGCACAUUCAAUUUCCUGAAGUAGAAUGUAGUAGUGCAGAGCAAAGUAGCCAUCUUACAGAAGUAGACAUGCCAGGGUGGGUGAAGAUCUCUGUUACUUCAGGGUCGGGAGUGUUUGAGAAUGAAAAUGGAGAUUGUUGGGCCGACUUCCUUUCUCUUCUGAAGUUCAGAGGUGUAAAUGUAGAGAACAAUAGUCAACCUUCUUGGUGCCCAUCUAGGUCUCUGGAUGUGCUGGCCUGUAAUGGUCAUACAAGCACAAGGAACUCCAGUUGUAGGGCUUCCACCAAUAUGGUACCCACGCAGCCUGCCAUGAUCACUGCAGUAACUACAAUUCUCCAGUCUUUGGGUGAAGACCCAUUAAGAAAAGAGCUUGUCGGAACCCCACAACGUUUUGUGCAUUGGAUGAUGAACUUUAAGAGAUCCAAUUUGGAAAUGAAACCGAAUGGUUUCUAUUCUAGUAGAAUGGGUCUGCUUAAAUCAAGCCUACAAAAUGAUAAUGGUAAUAUUAAUUCUAAUCAGGAUGAGAUACGGUCUGUGCUGAAUUUGCCAUUCUGGUCCCAAUGUGAGCAUCAUCUCCUACCAUUUCAUGGUGUGGUACAUAUAGGAUAUUUUCAGCCCCAUGGAGCUGAUCAUGUUGGAAGAUCAAUUUUGCAGUCAAUUACACAUUUUUAUGGUUGCAAACUCCAAGUACAGGAGAGGUUGACAAGGCAGAUUGCCGAAACAGUUUCUUCAGUGUUGGGAGAGGAUGUGAUGGUGGUAGUGGAAGCCAACCACAUUUGUAUGAUUUCCAGAGGGAUUGAGAAGGUGGGAAGUAGUACAGCCACAAUAGCUGUAUUGGGUCGGUUCUCAACUGACCCUAAUGCUAAGGCAAUGUUUCUGCAAACUAUUUCGAAUAGUACUGGUUAUGGAAGGACAUAGUUGCAUCUCUCUAUUCCUAAUUUCUCCUAAUUUUCCCCCAAGAAGUUGUUAGUUACCCUUCUACUUGUGCUUGCAGUUGUGUAGAUUAUGCCAAGAAUAAAUCACACAUACUUUCACGGGCAAAUGCACAGUGAUCUGGGUUUUUGCCAGAUUUUCUACCGGUGAUUCAACAAUUACAUUCAGUAGCUGGAGUCAACAAGGGUAUGAUAGUUUAAGUUCUAUGUACUCAACUUUUUUCCCGCUCAUCAUCUUCCUGUAGGAUAUACCUUCCCAAAUGAGGAUGAAGGAGAAAGUUUAAUCUCUGUAUAACAUUGCUUUGAUAUUGAAAUCGAGUUUAACAUC